UAUUCUUGACCUUCAUAUCUGAUCUUGAACAGUCGUAAAUUUCGAAAGAUAAGCUAUUAACUCCAUAUCUGUCAUUUUUUAUUUGAUGUAGAGUAGACAUCAUACUUUCGCUGUAAGUGGGAUUCGGAGUUUUGACUAAUGCUUUUAUUUGAGUCUUCAUGUGUUAAGACAUGACUUAUUUCUUAUUGCUUUUCAUAUCCUAACUGGGGCAGUGCUUUGGAAAUUUGACAUUUAAGCUUGAUUGUUUUUCAUAUUUGUUUCAUUCCAUGUUUUAAAAUGCCAUCGCUCUCUGAAAAAUUAAAGAACGCUGUCACAAACGAAAACAUGGAUGAGCUACCUCUUAUACCGUUUGUGAAUCUAAGGAACACUCACAUUGCCGCCAUAUCAGCUCUUUUGUACAUUGUUGUAAUGGGCAUGGUAAAUUCUUACUCUUCUGCUGCUACUGUGGACAUGAAACUCCCCGGUAGCCGAUUCCAAGAUAUAACUCCCGAUGAAAUCACGUGGAUCGCCAGUUUGCCUCAAAUUUCUGGAUUAGUUGGAAACUUUUUCUCUGGUUAUAUAACUCACAAGAUUGGCCGAAAAGCAACACUUGUCUUCGCUUCAUCUUCAUAUAUAUCCAGCUGGCUAGCUAUUGCUUAUGCUCCUACAAUACCAGUUAUUUACAUUGGACGACUGACGUGUGGGCUUAGUGCUGGAAUAUGCUGUGUAGCCGUUCCCGCUUACAUUGUAGAAAUUGCUCCUACCGAAAUUAGAGGUUUCUUAACUUCAGGCUUUCAACUUGCUUACAGCAUUGGCGUAUUUUUGAUCAUUUCCGUGGGCACUACUAUGAGAUGGUCAUGGCUUGCAAUUGUUGGCGCAUGUUUAACAACUAUUGCGCUUUGUCUUAUUGUAAUUAUGCCCGAGUCUCCCACCUGGCUGAUGCGAGAAUCCAGAACUCAUGAGGCUCUGAAGGGUAUAGCAUUCCUGAAAGGAAAAAAUGCAGAUUUAAAGAAGGAACUUCAAGAUAUUUCAGAUAAUUUGAACGAAUCCAAAAAUAACAACUUUUCUCUCAGAGAACUGCUUCAUCCAACCUUCUACAAACCUGCUCUUAUUGCGGUUUGUUUGGUGUUUUUUCAGCAAGCAUCCGGCAUUAAUGUUGUCAUGUCGUACACAAUUGAAAUUUUUACUAACAUCGGUAGUGCUGUUACCCCUAACACGUCGUCUACUAUCGUUGCAGCUGUUCAAGUUAUUGGGACUCUGUUAGGUAGUAUUUUAAUGGACAAAUCUGGACGUAAACGACUGUAUAUAAUUUCAGGGACUUGCAUGACUAUUUCUCUCUUCAUUCUUGCUACAUACAUAUACGUGUUCAAAUUCAGUGGAAUUUUAAUGAAUUUGCAUGUAUAUGGUUGGAUACCCCUUUUGAGCUUAAUCAUAUUUGUGCUUUCAUUUUCAUUAGGUGUUGGACCAAUUCCUUUUGUUAUGGCACCUGAAAUGUCCCCCAUUCGUUUUAGGAGUACAAUUAUUGCUAUGGCUGCAUUAUUGUGUUCAUUAUUUGCAUUCAUCGCAACAAAACUUUUUGAAGAUAUGCGAACAUUUUUCGGUCUCUAUGGACUGUUUUGGACUUAUUCAUUUUUUUCGUUCUUGAGUGCACUUUUCGGUUAUUUUAUUCUACCAGAAACCAAGGGACUGACACUUCGUCAAAUUAGUCUGACUUUUUCAGAGUCUGUCGAUAACAUAUGAGAGCUUUUUUAUCUAUACAUAAUGUUAAUAUUCAUUGCUUCAUAAGUGAAAACUUUUUUUUUUAAAUGCGAGGAUAACUGAAAUUCAUUGGAAGAAAGAAAUGGUAAAAUACGAUUGAAUUAAUCUUGCUUAGUGUGUAAAUAAACCCAAGAAUAAAUCAAUCAGUUUAUUUUCUUGUUUCAGCUGGAUUAUUUUGAUUUGUUUGUUUAUAAUUUUCAAGCCAGUACAAAUUAUCCUUAUGAUUUCUACUUAGAAAUAUGUGUAUAACGUGGCUUAAAAUGUCCAAUUUUUAAUAAUUACCGAUAUCGAAAGUUGUUUAUUCGGAACAUUAAGAACGCCAAAAGAAAGAAGGAUCAAUAACUUCAUCUUUCAUAUAAAUUAAAGAAAAAGGUUUUAUUAGGAAAGUUGUUUUAAUAAUAUUUUAAUGAUUUGAAUAGUUUCUAUUCAAAAUAUGCAAAAUGGGCAGGAUAGAUAUCAUCUAAGUAAAAAAAUGUCGUCUUUCACAUAGUGUGACUUCUCUCUAUAUCAGUCCACAUUGAAUUAAUCGUAAUAAUGUACAUUUUAUAUUAUCGUUUUGCUCUGAGUAAAAAAUACAAUUAAAAUUGUUUGAUUUGCAAAUAUUUUACGUCAUUAUCACUAUUUAUGAAUUUAAACUUUUAUUAUUAUUAUUCGGUGCUUCUUUUUGUCAUUUGGUGAUGUCAAAAUUUGUCUUCAUCCUUUCUUUUAAUAAUUUUUGUUAUUUCAUCUUGCAUAUCGAAAUGUUUCUCUGCGAUGUUUUAAUCAUAAUUUACAUAUGUAUAUAUUUAGCAUUUUUUAAUAUAUAAUAUAAUAUUGUGAUGUGUUUAAUUUUGUGUGUGUGUGUUUCCUUAUUUAUAAAAUUUGUUUUCU